GUCACCUCGGCGUCGGCGCGAUAAUUAACCCCAAUUCUCCAUGCUCAUCCGGAUUAAUUACCUUCUUGCUUGGAGCUUUGCUAAGGCACUGAGAUGGGCGAUUGCUGGCAUUGCGACCGGUACUUUGAACAUUCGAGAUCGCUCCACCAACAUGCUCAGAGCAAGCACCCUGAUACGUAUUGUACGCGGUGCCGGCGGUUCUUCUCUUCGACGCGGGCCAAGCAACAACACGUCGCCAACUCCAAGUUCCACAACUUUUGCGAGAGGUGCCCCGACCAGCCUGAUUUCGCCUCGCUGGCUGAGCUGAACGACCACGCGGAGACGGUACACUAUUGUUGUACCGUUUGCGACUACUGUUUCAACAACCCAGAUCAGCUCGCCCAGCACGAUGUAGACGAGCACAACCUGUGCGAGACCUGCGGAACAUACUUUAGUUCUCCCUCAAACCUCAAGAGUCACCUCCAAACCCACGCUGAGAAGACCGUCAGCUGCCCGGGGUGCCCAAAAAUGUUCGUCUCUAAGUCGGCCAUGGUGCUGCAUCUUGAGGCUGGAACCUGCGAGUCUGGCGCGGAUUGCGAUCGCGUUACCGAGAUAGCCUUCGAAUGUUUCCUGUCCUGGAGAUACACCUGCGACGACAACCCCGAUUUCCCUUUCAAAUGUCCGACAUGCGAAACGCCUUUCGCCUGGAUAAGCGGCCUUUUGCAGCACGUCGAAAGUGACUCCUGCUCUGAGGCACUGGCAAUGGGAACGCCACUGGGAAAGUUCCUUCGCUUCUUGCGAUCACAAAUUCAAGCUUAGGCGCUCUUCUACACUUUUGCAGACCACUCGAUUCUGUUCAGAGCGGCGCGAUUGUUCUACAGAGAUUUAAUAAAUACGCUGACUUGAUGGACCUGCGUGUCGCUAAUUAAUACCUGUUUACCAUAGACCUAUUGUCGCCAUUAAUUAUUAAUCAACACACUUUCGAGCGGAGUAU